UAGAAUCACGGGCGAAUCAAACAUGGCGAUUCGGUCGCUGUUUACGGCACGGGCAUACGGUUACUAGUGCCGCGGUGGGUGGUGCCAGUACGCGAGAGUGACUCUUCGACGCCGGUGCGUGUUCCUGCCGUCGCGUAUUAACGGCUCGCGGUACGUGUCGCGGGCAUGGAGCUGCACGGGGCGGAAACGACGACGAGGAAAGCGUCGGGCGACGCCGACGAUGGAGCAUCAUCGCACGACGCGAAGGGCGUAGAAGCUGGGCCAACGCCUGCGACGUCAUCGCCACCGAUCGCGGAGCGAGUCGCGCGAUCUGCCGGCGGGAACGCGGAGCGGAACGUCGAUUGCUCGAACGGAAGGAAUUGUCCAAAAUCACUUAUAAACACCUGUGGAAGAUUGGAGAGUGGUAGUGGCAGUGGUGAUCAAGACGGUGGUCAGCAUGAGGACGGAAUAGACAUUGCAGCGAAGAAGAGAAAGACUCGAAGAGGUAAACCCAAGCAUAAGAAAUUGAAACCAUAUUCGAAACAGUUAUCUUAUCAACAACAAAUACGAAGCAAGUGUAUUGGUAUAAUUGCUAAAACCAGUAGGCAACCACCAGCUUUAUAUAAUACCACGCAAUUCCUUAUGGCCGAUCACAGUGAUUUGCCUGAUCUUGAGCAAAAAUUAUCGGAAGCUGCGUCACUGGAAGUACCUGCUAUGUUUCAAAAGCCACCGGCGCGUACUCGCGACUCAAGUUUCAGCGUAGAUUCCGAUGAGGAUUACUUUUACUCAUCCCCGGAGGAUGAAGAAGAAUUUUUAACGAAAGAAUUUUCAACUGCGUACGAAGCUGUUCAUGAGGAGCGAUUGAGCACAUUGACAAAAAUGGAAUUGAUACAGGAAUAUAGACAUUUAGAAGCUAAAAUGGAUUCGUUAACAAAACGACUACGUAAUAAGACCAUUCAUCAAAUGGAGGAAAGGGAUUCGGAGAAUAAAAAUGUAUCUGCUGCAGAUGCCGAGGUAGCGAAGAAACUGAAGCUGUGUCAACAACGGAUCGACGACUUACUGCAACAGAAUGAGCAGCUAAGGCGAGAGAACGAGAUGUUACGUACUGAAAAGAGAUUGCGCGCGAGCAGCUCGGAAUCUAGUGUCGACAGUGAAAGCGAUAGCGACAGUUCUAGUAAUAGUAAUCAAAGUGGAUGUAGUUGCUCUCUUUCGAGUCCAGUAACAUCCCCUAAGCAUACUUAUAAAUCUAGAUUAGAUAAUAAUAUAAGAACAGAUAACAAAAGCGAUAGCUGCGAUACUAGCCAAAGUGGAAGUCCCACAACAUCUAUAACACCUACUAAUUUCUCUAACGGUCAUGUAAUUCUGAAUGAAACCGGUAGUUUACCCACAUAGAUUUCGAAAUUGUUCCUUUGUACGUAUUGAUAUUAUGUUCGAUAUUACAAAAUUGUCAGAAUAAUGCAGGCUGCAUCCAUUCGAUAUAUCUACAGAUUUAAA